GUUUGCGACUGGGAGGUGCAGUUGUUUCUGCAGUUCCCAUUAUCUCUGAUAUUAGUUUGGGAUUAUGUUCGGUGCAGUGGGAGGGAGAGAGAGAGAGAGAGACUAAUUUCUCAGGGAGAGAAUUGAUUUGAAGGGCAGGUAGCACUUGAGAGAGGGGAAGGAAGCUGAAACUGUGAGGCCGCACUUCCCGUUGACUGAACCCUCCCUCUUUUGGAGAGAGGGAAUUGUGGCACUGGAAGGCAAGGGCUCUGAGAGAGGGAGAGAGAGCAGAGAAGGCAAGCCGCUGCCCCCAACCCCCGGCACCUGGAAGAAAUGUCCAGUGAGGACCAGCGUGAGGAUGUCAGGGAAGGCGAUGGGCUCUUCAGCCGUUUUCAGGCAUAUGCUCGUACCAGGAAAGGCAUGGUUUUACUGGGCGAGGCGUUGCUGUGUCUCAUUGUCUUCAUAUGCUUCUGUUCCUCGGUGUACGGUGGCUAUUCCGCGGCCCCCAUCAUCGAACUCGUCCUCAGCGUCAUUUUCUUCAUCGUCUACAUGAACCACUUCGAUAAAACGCUGAGCGCCAUUCACUGGCCCUGCACGGAUUUUUUCCGCUGUGUGAUUGCGGUUGUUGUCUUUGCUGUUAUUUCCAUCAUCGCUCUCACCAGCCACGAAGGAGCCCGGAUUGCUGCAGGGGUCUUCGGGCUGUUUGCUGGCGCUCUCUUUGGCUACGAUGCCUACCUGUUGUUCCCUAAAAUAAAGGGCAGUCAGCACGCACCUGCUCCCACAGAUUCGGAGAACACCUAAUGUGGCGGUUUGCCCAGGGGGUGGGGAGCGGGACAGGAGGCCGCGAAUGCAGGAGCUGCCACGAGAUUCCCGUCCUGGCUCCAAGUGCGGAGGGACCCGUUCCCGUUGUCAGCUCACUGUCACUUUCCCCGGCCUCGAACCCUCUUAGCCUGGUCCCCUUGGCAGCCUGCACCCUCAUCCCGAUCCCUGUGUUAGCCUGGUUCCCGUGGUCCCCUGGAUCCCAAUCCCGAUCCCUGUGUUAGCCUGGUUCCUGUGGUGCCCUGGAUCCCAGUCCCGAUCCCUGUGUUAGCCUGGUUGCUGUGGUGCCCUGGAUCCCAAUCCCGAUCCCUGGAUCCCAAUCCCGAUCCCUGUGUUAGCCUGGUUCCUGUGGUGCCCUGGAUCCCAGUCCCGACCCCUGUGUUAGCCUGGUUCCUGUGGUGCCCUGGAUCCCAAUCCCGAUCCCUGUGUUAGCCUGGUUCCUGUGGUGCCCUGGAUCCCAAUCCCGAUCCCUGUGUUAGCCUGAUUCCUGUGGUGCCCUGGAUCCCAAUCCCGAUCCCUGUGUUAGCCUGGUUCCUGUGGUCCCCUGGAUUUCAAUCCUGAUCCCUGUGUUAGCCUGGUUCCCGUGGUCCCCGGGAUCCCAAUCCUGAUCCCUGUGUUAGCCUGGUUCCUGUGGUCCCCUGGAUUUCAAUCCCGAUCCCUGUGUUAGCCUGGUUCCCGUGGUGCCCUGGAUCCCAGUCCCGAUCCCUGUGUUAGCCUGGUUCCUGUGGUCCCCUGGAUUUCAAUCCCGAUCCCUGUGUUAGCCCGGUUUCCGUGGUGCCCUGGAUCCCAGUCCCGAUCCCUGUGUUAGCCUGGUUCCUGUGGUCCCCUGGAUUUCAAUCCCGAUCCCUGUGUUAGCCUGGUUCCCGUGGUGCCCUGGAUCCCAGUCCCGAUCCCUGUGUUAGCCUGGUUCCCGUGGUGCCCUGGAUUCCAAUCCCGAUCCCUGUGUUAGCCUGGAUUCCCAUCCCGAUCCCUGUGUUAGCCUGGUUCCCGAUGUGUCCUGUGUCCCGAUCCCUCUUUCAGUUUGGCUCCCAUCGCAUCCUAUAUCCCAAUCCCAAUCCCAAUCCCAAUCCCCUCCAAUUUGUUCCCAAUCUCAAUGCCCUCCAAUUUUCUCCCAUUCCCAAUCCCAAUCCCCUUCAAUUCUUUUCCAUUCCCAAUCCUUCUCCAUCACCCGCUCAGUUUUACCCGCUUACCUCCAUAUUCCCCCAAUCUCUCUCUCUCUCUCGCCACACUUACCUCUGUCCCCCACUCCACACCCUUCUCUCCGCUUAUGUCACCCCUUCUCGAUGUGCCCUCACCCGUCAUUCCUCCCUCGCCUUCUCCCUCCUCAGUUCCUAGCCAUUCCUCGGUGCCUGUGCGCAGCCUGCCCUCCCGCACAGUCCUGGCACUCGGGCCUAACGUUACCAGCAGCCUUCGCGUUGGAGUGAUCUGUAUGCAGUACCACCUCCCCCUUUUGCGAAACUGGGGGCCCUUUUGUCUCACACUACCCCCCCCCCACCCCCCUCCCCCGAGAUCAUUUAUUAUUUCGUCGAAUAUCCGAUUUAAAAUACCGCCUCUAAUUUAUACCAAAAAAAGGAUCAUUCAGGCCGAACUGGGGCCUAGCAGUUCAGGCUUGUCUUCCCAACUUGGCAAUGGGAGGUAAAAAUUGGACCAGAGAUUCCAGGCUAAUGGGGAGGAAAUUUAGAGGAAAGAUUUUGAUACUUUUAUUUUUGGGGGACUGUUGACCUGCAAAAUAUUGGCGAUUAGUUGGGGGGGGGUGAGGGUUGUCCAAACAUUUUAAUGCCACCCUUCUUGCACAACAGCGCCCCCCCCCAUCCAAUUGAGCAUGGGACUGGAUAGAUGGUGGGAUUGUAUGUGUUUGGGGUAGGGGAGUGGGAGGUCUGAGGACAGGGUGGGUGUGUAAAGCCCAGAAAUUGGCUCCGAAACCUACAUUGGAGUUUUGGAGGUCUGUUGGGAGUGGGGUGAGGGGCUUCGGGAAGGGUGGGGGGUGGUGGCGCAGGAGAGUUUCAGGUUCGGAGCGGGGAGGGAAGGGGCCAGGGACUAGGGACAAAUAAUCUUCCCUCAUGAGGUUUAGUUGGAAGCUACGCAGCGGCUAUGCACUAGCCUGGUUCCCGAUCCCGAUCCCGAUCCUUCUGUUAGCCUGGUUCCCAUGGUGCCCUGGAUCCCAAUCCCAAUCCUUCUGUUAGCCUGGUUCCCGUGGUGCCCUGGAUCCAAAUCAGUGGUGCCUCGCGCUCUGCCUUUUCUGCCCCAAACUUUCCGAUGCCCCCCCCGUCCCGUGGCCGACCCUCCACCCACCACCCCCAGCCGAGGCAGACAGUCUGAUACAAGCAGGAGGAUCAGGCUAAGGUGCCACUGAGUCGAGUCGAGUUACACGGAGACGGCGAUCGGGCGCGCGAUGCUGGAAUUUGCCAGCUCGGGGAAGUCAGCCCUUCACGAGCAUCCCGUGGGAAUCGGAGACAGUGCACGGGAUUCGAAAUCCGCGCUACACCUCCCUCUUGUAUCCCCCGAGAGGGUGGGUGGCUCUCUGUUUUCCUUUCCCCGCAGUGCCCCCCUCUCUCCCCCACCCCCCACAUCCAAUGCCCUUCCAUAUUCUGCAGUUUCGCGCUUCCUUGCGUUGCAUCCGGGUCUGACCUCCCCUCCUGCUUACGUUGCCCCCAGUCUCUCCUCACUGACACAGCGCCCCCCCCCCCAACUUUAUUUGAAACAUCUUUUCCCACAUUUUGUACACAGCGAAUGGGAUGCAGCCAUUCCCUCAGGUUAGCUUGUCCCAUAAUGUGGAAUGGAUAAAAGUGGGAGGCUGGGGGGAGGUGGGGAAAGGCCGGGAGGAGCCGCAGUCAAUUGGCUAUCUGCUGCGAGUGCGUCCAAGUGCCUGAGAGAUUGCCUCUCCGAGGUACUAUCGUUUUUCGUGCCUUAACACAUCUUCAAUUUGUUGUUGGGGGAGGCGGGGGUGUUGCUUGGAUGCGGGUUAAUUUGACAAAUCCUCGGCAACUGGAGCGCCGAUAGCCGCGCAGGCUAAGAGGAGGCAUGGUGGAGCUUAUCGAUGGAGUGCACGAUUACACGGAGGGGUUUGUUGGCUGUCCCACCUAUUCCUGGCCCAUGAAUCAUUUCGCUCAGCUGGGAGGGAUUCCAGUCGUCUCCGUGCCUUCUCUCUGAUGUAAAUUUCACAGCUUUUGAUCGCGUAUUUUGUACUGGACCCUGCGUUUGCCUGCUGACACGCGCUCGCUGGUUAUUCUAACGGAACCCUGCAGCCGAAUCCUGUCUGCGUGAAGAAGUGCCUUCCCUGUGCCAUUUGUGGCUCAGGAUUGAGUUCGGAAUUUGCUCCGAAUGUGUGGGAGUCAUCCCGGGCUCAGCGUCACCGCCCUGAUGGAGGGAAUCUGCUCUGUUUGGUACCACCCCCGACCGGGCUCCAGUUCGUUCCUGCGUGAACUGCGCGAGUCCCCCAGAGUGACGCGUGAGGCAAUAAAAAAAGUGUUUUCUUCUCUGA